AUGUCGCACACCCCCCGCCCCCCCGAUCCUCAGAGAGACAUCAUCAACAAUGUGGGAGACUGGGAGAUCCUUGUCUGGGAUGAGCUCCAAGUACCCCAAAAUAUGGAGUCCGAUGCCGAGCAAUGGGUUGGAGAUUUCCAGCCACUGGUCGAAAUCGCAGGCCACUGGAAAUGCCACUGGGCAAGGCCUCGCGAGCGGCCUGAUACGGUUCUUCUAUUGACAUUGUGGCCCCAUAUGUCAAAACUAAGGGAAUUCGAAGACUCCCCGGACGCCCAGAUUUUCUGGGAGAAUCUUGCCAGCAAAGGAAUUCUACGUCUAGCCUCCCACGAGACUGUUUACCGCUGUAACUGGGUUCAUGGCUUGGAUUUGGCCUUUAUUCAGUUAUUCUGGGUCUAUUUCCCUGCGUCUUUGGAUGAUGACCAGCUGGCCGACAUUAGAGAGUUCAGGGGUCUCCAUCCACCUGCAGCGGGCUUUUCAAUCCCCCAAAAGGAUCAUAUUGUGACGCACUCCAAUAGAAAAAUAUGGGCGCACAAAACGAAGAUUGUGAAUGGCCAGGAAACCCAGUUGAUGCUAUGGCUGAAUUUCUGGAACGGUGAAAAGAAGGCUGAAUGGCAGAAUAUCCACCUGGCGUGGAGCUCUCGGACUAUAAAGGACAGAUUCAUUAGAGAUUUGGAAUCUUAUAAGCCGAUAAUGUGGAAGGAGGAGUUUUGUAUUUUUAGACGAUUCAACGGAAAAUUUUGA